GGACAUUUUACAGUUUUCCGCUUUGCAUUGCAGCUUUUCUCUUUUGCAUUAAAAUGCCGGAACCAGCCAAGUCCGCGCCCGCCCCGAAGAAGGGCUCCAAGAAGGCGGUGACCAAGGCGCAGAAGAAGGACGGCAAGAAGCGCAAGCGCAGCCGCAAGGAGAGCUACUCGGUGUACGUGUACAAGGUGCUCAAGCAGGUGCACCCCGACACCGGCAUCUCGUCCAAGGCCAUGGGCAUCAUGAACUCGUUCGUCAACGACAUCUUCGAGCGCAUCGCGGGCGAGGCGUCGCGCCUGGCGCAUUACAACAAGCGCUCGACCAUCACGUCCCGCGAGAUCCAGACGGCCGUGCGCCUGCUGCUGCCCGGCGAGCUGGCCAAGCACGCCGUGUCCGAGGGCACCAAGGCCGUCACCAAGUACACCAGCUCCAAGUAGACGCGCGCGCACGCGGCCCGACUUCUGACCCAAAGGCUCUUUUCAGAGCCACCCACUUUUCAGCAUAAGAGUUGUAAGGACUUCACUGGCCACUCUGACUGCUAAACAGGAUGCCAUACUGGUAUCGUUUUGAUUAUUUUUAUAAAAGUGUCUUGAUGUCUUGUUCUUGCAACGGGAAGCACACUAGGACAGACGUUUGGUUAAAAACAAGAGGGGUAUUAACUGGCUUAGUUGUAGACUUUUAAUUUCUUCCUUUGGGUACUUGGGCUACAAAGGUGGCUAAAGCGCUGACAUGCUGUCUCAAGUGCUGGGAAUUCCUGUGUCUUACACAUCCUUGCAUGGAAAGGGAAGAGGACUUAGGUUGUUUAAUAAAACUUCGUGGUCAGGGAAAGAGCUUCAUCCUAGUCCCAGUGGGUGUGUUUGCUUAAAGCAACAUAACUUCCCAAAACAACGUGCAGGAUGGUUAACGAGCAUGAAAGUUGAAAAGGGUUUCAUUGGCUCCAGGUUAGUUCACGAAUUCCCUGAAAGUGUUUGCAAUAGUGCAUGUACCUACGUGGUCUUCCCCUGCCCCAUCCCCCACCCUGACCAGAAAGGGAACUGACUGUGGCUUUGUUUCUAAUCCUAAACGUGCUGUAAUGCAGGGUGCCAGGCAGAAUGUGCCGCCUGGUGUAUCCACCUCCUACGCGUUGGAUUCUGUGAUGGGUUAGGCUACCUGACAAAGGCCCUGCCGCUGCAGCUGAAACAGGUAGCCGCGAAUUCCCUGUAAUUUAAAAUGAGAUGCUCCAGGUGACCCCAGUGAGGCAUUCAGAGUGCUGAACUAGUCAGGUGGCAGCCGGAGGAGGAUUUGCCCAGAGACCUGCUUUGGAAAUAAAGAGCUCAGCGGGGAGGGAGCCCUCCAAGAGCUGGAAUGGGGAGCAAACAGUGUCCUUUGCACCCCACAAGGGAACGCAGCCCCCCGGAAACCUUGGUUUUAGCUCAAGGACACCCAGGAGCAAAUGCUGAUCUACACAACUAUAAAGUUUUAAGUGUGUAUUUCACCAAGAUUGUGAUAAUUCAUUGACCGACAAUAGAAAAUGAAUGCCCUUACAUACAUUUAGAAUGUAUUGCCUAAUGUGUUCAGUGAUGUCUUUAAGAUUAUAAAUUUAUACCUGUAACUAUUAUAAAAAUCAAUAUAGAUGCCUGUAAACUUUAUAAAUAUUUCAGGCGCUCA